CAGGGACUAUCUUCACUGUGUUUUGAACCGGUUUAUUUUUAUCUCCUUAACCAUAAUCAAUACUCAGAUCCAGAUAUCCUAAGGAGGGCAGUGUUGGCGACAAGCAUUGCUUCCCUGAAACACAAUUAAGCACCACUUCAAACAAGGCCCGGAUGAUUUCAAGAGUCAGGUUGACCAAAAUCCUAUUCCAGACACUGUCCCUUGAACCUAGUGUUCCCAGGUGGUCAAGGUGGGUUCAUUUACCCGCUCCCUGGUCCUCAGGCUGCUGCUCCUUGGCAUCCAACCUAAUCGGGCGAAAUGCUUAACACUGCCAGUGCUUCUGGUUCUCCAGUGGUUUCUCUCGAUAUCGGUAACAAUAACGUUCACACAGGCUUCCUCGUGCAGAACCCUUGCCCCAGUUCUUCCAGCCUCAGUCCUCAUCCAAGACCUGGGACGGUUCUCCAGAGGCAUAUCCCAAGGCCCGCUGUAACUCCAAAGCCGGGCUCGGAGCGCGCGGGCCGGCUCUAUCCGGCCCUGAUCCUGAGCGGCUGCGGGCUCCGGGCGCCGCGGGGACGCGGAGUGGGAGCGGGAGCGCGCUCGGGCCCGGGACGGCAGCAGCUUUCCCGAGGCGUCGUGGCUCCUGCUCGUGUUUCCCGCCGCGGGCGGGGGCGGGGCCGCUCGGGCCACGCCCCCGGCUGGCCCCGCCCCCGCAGGUUGAUGGCAGCGGCAGCUGGGACUGCAGCGGCGCCCGGCCCCGGAGAGCCUUAGGCACCGCCGGACAGCGGAGCCCAGUCCCGGCCCCAGACGCCGCCGACGCUCAGAGGGGCACUGCCGGCGCCCCGGCGCCUCCCCCAGCCCCCGGCGCACCCACCGUCCGCUCCGCAGAAGAAUCGCAGCGUGAGCGCCCCGGACCUGCUAGAGACCAGCUCACAGAUCUAAGGACCAAAGGCAUUUCUGGACCCCACCAUGAGCCGGCGCGUGGUCCGGCAGAGCAAGUUCCGCCAUGUGUUCGGGCAGGCGGCGAAGGCAGACCAGGCCUACGAGGACAUCCGGGUGUCCAAGGUCACGUGGGACAGCUCCUUCUGUGCUGUCAACCCCAAAUUCCUGGCUAUUAUUGUGGAGGCCGGAGGUGGGGGUGCCUUCAUCGUCCUGCCGCUGGUCAAGACAGGGCGAGUGGACAAGAAUCACCCACUGGUCACCGGGCACACAGCCCCUGUGCUGGACAUUGACUGGUGCCCGCACAAUGACAACGUCAUCGCCAGCGCCUCAGAUGACACCACUGUCAUGGUGUGGCAGAUUCCAGAUUAUACCCCAGUUCGCAACAUCACGGAACCCAUCAUCACCCUUGAGGGCCACUCCAAACGCGUGGGCAUCCUCUCCUGGCACCCCACAGCCCGGAAUGUUCUGCUCAGCGCAGGUGGAGACAAUGUGAUCCUCAUCUGGAACGUGGGCACGGGGGAGGUGCUCCUGAGUCUGGACAACAUGCACCCUGACGUCAUCCACAGCGCGUGCUGGAACAGCAUCGGCAGCCUGUUGGCCACCACCUGCAAGGACAAGACCCUGCGCGUCAUCGACCCCCGCAAAGGCCAGGUGGUGGCGGAGAGGUUUGCGGCCCACGAGGGGAUGAGGCCCAUGCGGGCCGUCUUCACGCGCCAGGGCCACAUCUUCACUACGGGCUUCACCCGCAUGAGCCAGCGAGAGCUGGGCCUGUGGGACCCGAACAACUUUGAGGAGCCAGUGGCCCUGCAGGAGAUGGACACCAGCAAUGGGGUGCUGCUGCCCUUCUACGACCCUGAUUCCAGCAUCGUCUACCUGUGCGGCAAGGGCGACAGCAGCAUUCGGUACUUCGAGAUUACGGACGAGCCCCCUUUUGUGCACUACCUGAACACGUUCAGCAGCAAGGAGCCACAGAGGGGCAUGGGGUUCAUGCCCAAGCGGGGCCUGGACGUCAGCAAGUGUGAGAUAGCCCGGUUCUACAAACUACAUGAAAGAAAGUGCGAACCCAUCAUCAUGACUGUGCCCCGAAAGUCAGACCUCUUCCAGGACGACCUCUAUCCAGACACGCCGGGUCCCGAGGCGGCCCUGGAGGCGGAAGAAUGGCUCUCGGGCCAGGACGCCGAGCCCGUGCUCAUCUCGCUGAGAGACGGUUACGUGCCCCCCAAGCACCGUGAGCUCCGGGUCACCAAGCGCAACAUUCUGGAUGUGCGCCCGCCUGCUGGUCCCCGCCGCAGCCAGUCGGCCAGUGACACCUCCUUGUCGCAGCCCACCCUGGAGACGCUGCUGGAGGAGAUCAAGGGCCUCCGAGCGCAGGUGCAGGCGCAGGACCAGCGCAUCGCGGCCCUGGAGAACAUGCUCUGCGAGCUGGUGGAUGGCACGGACUAGCACGGCGCCGGGGCUGCAGGGCAGAGUCCAAGGGCGCUCCGAGACCGCCUCGCUGCCGCGCAGGCGCGCGCACCUCAAGCGCGCCUCCGGGCUGGGGCGGGGGACGGGGACUCCGGCCCUCUCGAGAGUCCUGGUCUCACAGACCAUCACCCGCUCUACCCCCGACCCGGACUAGCGUUGGUCUGGAGCCCGCGGGGUGGCGUGCAUCUUCGGGGACUUGCAGGAGCUGGCCUUGCGGGUGACAAGGCCUCGGCGACGGUGCUGCGCCGCGAGGCUUGGGGACUGGGGGAGGCGUUUGCUUCACGUCCAAAGGGGUGGCGAUUAGAUGGGUCUCCUCAAAGUGGCCGGGGUGCUGACAGCGCGUCUCCCUCUGACCACCGCACCGGACCCCACCAACCCCUGCGUGGGGAGCAGGACUGGGCUGUCCCGCUGGCUCUAAAGCCAUGCCGCCCUGGCCCCCAGGCUCUGCCCGGCAGCCUCGGGCAGGGGGCUUUCUUCUUUCCACCCGCAGGGGAGAGGGCGGCUUCCCUGCGGCACCCCAGCCGGAGAACUAACGUGAGAACCGGCGCAAGGAAGCAGGUUCACACUCCACCCCACCCCCGCCCCCUGGCCCCGCCUCCCGGAGGAAAUCCAGACGCACCGUGCGAAAUGCUAGUUACUAAGUACCCAGUCUGUACCUCCUUGUACCUCCUUGGCCAGGGAGACCCCGUCUCAGCCCGUAUCCAGGGCCUCCCCAUACAGGUUCCUAAGGAACACGUGACCCGCAGGUGGGCAUCCU